UGUAGCCCCUCCCCAAAGUAUAGGACAUAAAAGCCAACACGGGCCAUGUAAAAGUCUUUUACAAAAGCCAGGGGAGGAAGAGACUAAAUGACAGAGGGAGAGGAGUGAAGGAGACCAGAGACAGAAAGAUAGAUAGACACAGACAGAGGGUGAGACAGAGGCAGAGACAGACAGACAGACAGACAGGCAGACAGCGAGUGGACAGAGAGUGGAGUCAGAGUAAAUAAAAGUAGAGGGCAAAAGAAGAGAAAUAGCGAGAUUGAGAAUAUGAGUGAGAAUGAGAGAGGUUAGUGUUUGUGGACGAGCAGCUUGUUCUUAAAUGAAGUAAAGCUAUGCGCCAAACCCAAAGCCACAGACAUCACUUCUCACUCGUCCACACCCAUGCUGCCCCUUUCACUCUCGAACUGCAUUUCAGGAUCGACAGAGAACAUCAAACAUGGAACAUCUGGGCAGUUCACGCAUAGUGAGAGGUCACUGGUGAAACAUCACACUAGUGGAAGUGGACGUCCUGAGUGAGUGGUGGAUGUUGUUGUGUUGGAGCAGAAGAGUCGGUAAGGAUGGUGAACUCCACCUGCCAUGCGACUAGCACCACCCAUCUGUUCCUCCUUCCUCUUCUCCUCCUCAUCCUCGCCACGGUGUCCGGGAACCUGCUGGUGAUUGCAGCGGUGGCACUCACCCCUGCGCUGCGGACCACCACCGGCGUGCUGCUGACCUCGCUGGCGUGCGCCGACCUGGUGGUGGGGCUGCUGGUGCUCCCGCUGGGCGCGCGUCAGGUGUUCACUGGGCACUGGAUGCUGGGCAUGGGCGCCUGCUUGCUCUGGACGUGUCUUGAUGUGAUGUGUGUGACGGCCAGCAUCGGGACACUGUGCGCCAUCGCCGUGGACCGCUACGUGGCCAUCACACAGCCGCUGCGCUACCAGAGCCUGAUGGGUAAGCGGCGCGCCCGCCUCAUGGUGUGCCUCAUCUGGGGUGUGUCGGCGCUCAACAUCAUUCCCAUAGCGACUGAGCUGAAGUGGCAGGAGGACUGCUGUGAGUUCAUAGUCUCAGGCACCUACGCCCUCGUCUCCUCGGUCGUGUCCUUCUACCUGCCGCUGGUCAUCAUGGCGUGUCUGUACAGCCACGUCUACAAUAUCGCCCGCCGCCAGCUCCACACCAUCGACCAGAGCCAGCGGCGCUUCAGGACCCAGAGCCCCAUCACCGGAGAACUGGACUCCUUCCCAAGUCCAACCAGCUCCAGCCCAACAUCCCUGAUGCCUGGGUUGGGGGGACGCACCCUAGCCGACCGCAGCAGUGUUGGGCAGCGACCCACGGGCCUACUGGCACAGCGGAGACAGCUGCGGGCACUGCGGACGCUGGGCAUCAUCAUGGGCUCCUUCACCCUCUGCUGGCUGCCCUUCUUUGUGGCAAACAUUAUCCGGCCGUUCCACAGGGACCUGCUGCCCAGGGAGCUCUACCUGCUGCUCAACUGGCUGGGCUACCUGAACUCAGCCCUCAACCCCAUCAUCUACUGCCACAGUCCUGACCACCGCCAUGCUUUCAGGGCACUGCUGUGCAGCCCCAGACUGGCACACCCUUGCAUGGAUGCCCUCUACAAAAGGCUGUGGAUUAGGUGCCCUUGUGCCCCCAACCCAGGAGGGGAACUGAGGGGGGCAGGAGGGGCCGAGGAGGGAGAGGCGGGCAAUGCUCCUGCUAUGAAGGAGGCGGGUGAGGAGAGACUGCAACAGAGCUGAGGCCUGGGAGAUCCACCCACUCUCCCAUGGAGUCAGCACCCUCUCUUCCUGAGCAUCUGACAGAAGACCAAAGACGUGAAGCACUCUGGGAAAUGAAACAUACAACGUGAAACACAUAUUAAAACCUUAGGCUUUCUGCCUGCGCUUGUCCGUGUGUCCACAUCCUAAGCCCCAACCAGCGGCGGCCCCCACACAUUUCCACGAACACACCUCCACACACACACACACACACACACACACACACACACAUCCCCACACAUACACCUCCACAAACUUGCUAGACCAAUUUCAAAGUUGCUUUACUAGCAUGAGUGUUUAGAUAGUGUUGCCAAAGCAACAAAGCAAAGCAAAAACAACAAAUAAAGUUGGGAUUAUAUAAUAAAAAAUGUUGGCAUCGUAAAACAAUAAAGUUGGGAUUGACAGCGUCUCAUCGUGCUCUACUGGAUCAGAUACAGCUGUCACUAGGAGAGGACUGGAAACGAGUGUGAGGAUGGGGUUUUUAAACAUGAAAGGUGAGAGCUGGAACUGCAGGGACAAGCACACCUUUGUGGAAAGAGCACACAGGCAGACUCAUCAACAUUGUGGUCAGAUCUCUCAAGGUGACGCAGAGAGCUUCGAGACCACAAAAUCUUAAGCCAUCCGGGAAAUCAUAAAACUAGGCUUCUGUGUGCAAUAGUGGGCCAGGUCUACACUCUGAAGGAUGGAAUAAGAGACACUGAAAAGUAGCCUUUGGCUUCUUAAAUGCUUCAGAAUACAUUAUUUCUAUUUUAUUUUUAAUUCUCAGGCACAGGAACAGCUGUUAUUUGCACUCUUGCACAUGUUUUUUUUUUUUUUUUUUACAUUUGUCAUUUCAUGUGAAACAUGUUAUCUAUUGAUGCCUAAUGCUUCUGAUUGUUCCCAUCGAGGUCAGAAGGGUUGAAGAUUUCAGCACUGAGAAUGUUUACCUUGCUUCUCGGUGAGCACCAAUGAAGUUGUCAGCUUAAUUCACCUCUGAAAUGAUGACAGUGUUGUAAAACACCAUGCAGCACAUAUUGCUAAGCUGAACACUGACUGGCGUGAGAGAGAGAAUGUGUGUGUGUUGUAGAAGCUAUGUAUAGUGAAUGACAAAAAUUACUGUCAGUAUUAAAAGUGAGAAAACUUCA